UCGGAGGGCGGCCCUGGCGGGAAGGCUGUGAGGGUGAAGGCGGUGCGGCGGCGGCGCCGAGGGGGUUAACGGCGAACAGCUUUGGAGACCCUCCUCCUAGACGGGGCGAAGCGAGAGGCCUCAAGGCUGGCACCGGCCCCGCUGAUCCCGGGUGAGGUCCUGCUGCUUGUCCCUGCUUCCUCUGCUCCUGCCUCCCGCCAAGCCUGAAUACGAAGCAAGCACAAGCCUACAGAUAGGCCUUGGACACAGCCUUCAAGUUAUAAAAGAAACUUAAGGACUUCAAGAUGACAGGAAGAGAGUUUCUUGAACUAGAUUCUCCGCAGCAAAGACUAUAUUUGGAAAGAUUGAAGCGGAUGGAAGUCAUACAAAAGACGUUCAAUGAGCUUCCUAAAGCAGAUCAGAACCUUUGUAAUCAUGGAUCGUACUUCCUUGGAGCAAAUGCAAGCUUAUGUGGCUUAGCGGCAAAUAACUUCUUCAGGAACAUCCUGCACGUCAGAAGGGCUUCCUUAGUGUCCGCUCUGCCAAUGGCUGUUAUUCCGUUUCUUUCAACAGCAGCGGUUUAUGAAGUUUUUGUGCGUGAGCCUUUAUUUUCAGGUGAGCUAAACUGUGAGGUCUGUGCUGUGGUCCGAGGAGGAUUAAUAGGGGCUGUUGUGGGUGGUCUCUAUCCUAUUUUCCUGGCUCUCCCCGUGAACGCAAGCCUUGCAGCCAGGUAUUCUUCAUCUCCCUUGCCAGGGAAAGAAAAUCUGUUACGCUUCUGGCUCGCAACUGCUCAGCCUGUCUUUAGAAAGAUGAGUUUGGGUGUACUUAUACAGGUUCUAACUGGAUUAUAUCUUGCCACUAAACAUCACGGAAUAUAUGUCAAAAUACUGCAGCAGAUGAGGACUAGCAGGGAUCCUGAAGAGUUACAAGCAUGAAGUUAAGCAACUUUUCAAUUGCCUUGGAUAAGUAACUGUAAUAAA